GAAAAAGAAAGUGUUGUCGUCUAGAUGAGGGAAAGAACCAAUAUUCAUUCCAUUUUUCAGUCUUUUGCCCGAAACCCUCUCUACAGCAUAUAUACUAUGGUUUGUAUCCCAAGUCAUCUCCACGAAAAAGAAAUUCUUGAACCCCUUUUUAGAUUAUUAUGCAUUGGAGAUUGAGAUUCAAUUUCUCAGUGGUGUUUCUGACUUCUCGUUGAUUAUCCUUUUCUUUCUUCUCCGACCAAUAUGUCUUUUUCUACAGUCUCUUCCUUAACAAAUACCAAUGCAAACUCGGUCCUUGAGGGCCUUGACAAAGUAAUCGGUAUUGUUCGCACUGUGCUCGAUCGUCUAGAAUGUUCCAAGCCCAAAACCACCACCAACGCCAACCAACAGAGCGCUGACGUUGUCGACACCAACCAGCCGCAGCCCCAUACCGGCAGCGUUGCUAGCAGUAGCAAUGCCAACCAACAAGCCAAAAGCGUUGGCGUUGUCGACAACAACCAGAGACAGAGCCAGAGCCAGACCCAGCCCAUGCCCAUUCCCAAUAGCGGCAGUGUUGCUAGCAGUAGCAAUGCCAACCAACAAGCCAAAAGCGCUGGCGUUGUCGACAACAACCAGAGCCAGAGCCAGAGCCAGCCCAUGCCCAUUCCCAAUAGCGGCAGCGUUGCUAGCAGUAGCAAUGCCAACCAACAAGCCAAAAGCUUUGGCGUUGUCGACAACAACCAGAGCCAGACCCAGCCCAUGCCCAUUCCCAAUAGCGGCAGCGUUGCUAGCAGUAGCAAUGACAACCAAGAAGCCAAAAGCGUUGGCGUUGUCGACAACAACCAGAGCCAGACCCAGCCCAUGCCCAUUCCGAAUAGCGGCAACAUUGAUAGCACUAGCAAUGCCAACCAGCAAGACGACGGCGUUGGCAUUGGCAACCGUCCCCGAACACAAAUCGAGGCCCAGCCCUUCCACGAUAGCAACACCAUCGCUAGUAGCAGCGAUGCCAACCAACAAAACAAGAGCAAUGGCAAAGGCAAUGAUUAUCAGAGGUUGUGUGAUCAAUUCUUCCAGCUGGAAAGAGAUCUCUCCUACAUCAAAAAUGCCUUCAUCAAUCUCAACAAAUUUGAGCAAAGCGCAUUGAAUCUGUUGAAAAGUCUUGAACGUUACGGGCUUGACGAACAGCUCUCUGAAAGCCUAAAAAAUUAUCCCAGUGAUGAUGCCUCGCAAAAGAGGAUCGAGGAGAAGCUUGGCAUACUAGUUGAAAUCGUCAUGAGGUUGAAGCUCCAGAUUCCAUCUCUCCACAAGAUAUCUUCCAUGAGUUCGGAGAUCGGUCGUCACUUGCGGAUGGCCUCAGGGAAUGAUGCCCACCACUUCAUUGCCAAAUUGUCUAAGUUGCAUUCAAGUCCAACUUUUAAAGAUAAUCCACACUUCAAAGAUUUUCGGGUGAUUUAUAAUAGUCUUGAUGUUACUAAGAAACUAUGUUUGUUGUGCUUUGCUGCUUUUCCUGCUAAUGAAGUCGUGAACAAGAGGCUUUUGGUUUAUUGGUGGCACGGAGAAGGUUUCGUGGAGCCUCCGGUUGAUGGGGAAAAGACGAUCAUGGAUGUCGCUGAUGAGAUAUUCCUUGAGUUAGAGAAGAAGGGCUGCAUCGAACCCAUUAAGACGAAACGCGGUAAGUUGUCCCCAGAUGGCUACAGGAUGCACCUUGUGAUUCAUUGUUCGGUGUCUGUGCUUGCUAAAGAAGCCCGGUUCUUCGAUUUCGAUAACGGAAGUCCUACUCCCACUGUAAACUUUGCCACGUCUUACAGAGCUUCUCUGGAUGAGGGACAGGGGAAGCCAAAAUUGGAUUCGGAGCAUGUAAAUCUGCGGACUAUAUUCAAUCUUAAUCAGCCAUAUCCUGAUUUCGAAUUGGAGUGGUUCUCAAAGCUGAGGAAUGUCAAGGUUCUUUCUCUGGGUAGGUGGCAGGAUACGGCAAAGAAACAUAUUGAAGUAGAGGGUGUUGAAUUCUUAAAAGGGUUGAGUAGUAUGAAACAUUUAAGGUUUUUCAGCCUUCAAGGCAUCUCAACGAUUGCAAAGCUCCCUGAUGCCAUAUGCACGCUAAGUAGUUUGAGGAUUUUGGAUCUUCGAGCAUGUCACAAUCUAGAGGUACUUCCAGAUGGGAUAGGUUCACUCAAGAAGCUGACACAUUUGGAUAUAUCCAAAUGUUACUUGCUAGAUUACAUGCCCAAGGGGAUUGCUAUGCUCUCUGAACUCCAAGUCCUUAAAGGGUUUGUAAUUGGUGACGACAAAGAAGGACGAUCAUGCCCUUUCAAUGAUUUGUCAUCAUUGCUGAAGCUGAAGAAGUUGAGCAUCAACACAAGCAGACAGAAUUUCCCCAGUAAGGAAGAGCUAAAUACUCUCCGAAGUUUUGGAAUGCUUCAAAAUCUGACAAUAGCAUGGGGAGGGAUAUCCUUCUCCACCCACCAGUUGGGAACUGCAAACGACGCCAGAGUCAAGAAGAAUCGAGGUAUCAGUAAAACUCCAACUAAAGCCCUGACUAAGUUAACGUCGACUUUAACAAGAUCAACAAUGUCGUCUACCAAGACUAAGGAACCUUUUAAGGAGCUAAGGAAACUGGACCUUCAGUGUUACCCUCUGCGGGAAGCACCCAAUUGGUUGAUCCCACGUGAACUCAAAAGCCUGAAGAAACUCUACAUUCGAGGAGGGGAACUGCAAGAUCUGCCAGUGCAAGAAAUUAGUUGGGAGAGCGUUCAGAUAUUACGCUUGAAGUUCUUGAGGAACUUGAGGAUGGAUUGGAUACAACUUAAGGAGUCAUUUCCUGAGUUGACUCACUUGGAGAAAGUCAAAUGCCCUAAGCUCACCUUCUUUCCAUGCGAUGAGGGUGGGAUAUGGGUAUCAGAUCGGUCGAGUGUAUAGCAUGAUGAAUUCAGGCAAUUCAUGUUUACUACAUCUCAAGCAUACGGCCAAUGCUUUUUACUACGAAUUUCGUUCUAUUCUGUUAUAUAACAUAUCAUUUUAAAUUUGUAAUUAUUUUUCAUGUUUGGAAGAUAAUUAAUUUUGCUGUAUGUGUGAAAUAAAUUGCUAAAGAUUGGCCCAAUUACGUGUGAAGAUUCUUGCUCUAUCAA